UAACAAUUUACACACUUAACGCGUUUGCAUCUCAAUCAUUGGAAGUUCGGUACUUGCACAUCGCGCCAUGCCCGCUAUCGAAACACAACCAGUUCCAAUUUCUUCUCCCGUUCGCAGUAUAUCAAAGUCCAUCAUUUCUCAAUACUCUCAGCUAGCCCCGAGGCUCGUUGUCGAUUCUUUCGACCUCUCACCCUUUUCAGUACUGAAAUGAUGGUUUCCCCCAAGUUCGAGUUGCACGCUAACUACCUUUGAUGUAGGAGUCAUUCACCGGUCUUCUCGACGACGAUAUUCCAACAUCCCUGUUGUUUCCGGACCCUCCGGAAACUCAGAAAAAAGCAGGCAUGGUCGCGGACCUGAGUUAUGACGUCCAGACCAAGGAUAUCGCGGAUCUUGCUCCCCAUUUCAGGGAUGGAGAAAUUGAGGAGGUGAUGGUCAUUUCGCCGAAACACAGACCCAUCCAUUCCUCCGGACAAGGUGUAAAGGCCGGCGAUUUCCGAUUACUCUACACACUGUUCAAAGAUUCCAUUUCAUCGACACAUCUAUGCCGAAAAUGCGACGACUUCCAGCUCUAUGCUAUGCGAAUUUUAAACAAGGAGCGCGUUCGAAUUCGCAGUCCUCGCGAUCACAUCCAACUUCAAAUGGAAAUUUGCCAGGAAAUUCGCGAACUGCGGUCUUCUUUUCUCUCACCAUUCAUCUGGAUCUAUGAGGAUGGCCCUGAAAUUCACUCCAUUGCAGAGUUUUAUCCUAAUGGCAGUCUCCAGGAUUUGCUCGACCGCGACACGAGCCUUGGCGAAAGCCACGUCCUGCACAUAGCUUGUGAAAUAGUAGAAGCGCUGCACAUGCUUCACACUGCUGGCAUAAUUCACCGUGACCUGGCACCAUGUAAUAUCAUGUUCGACGUGUCGGGACAUGUGGUUAUCUCAGGAUUUGGUCAAGCAUGCCGACCUGAUUCAGCAACCUCUUUCCCGCUGCCUGAUACUGGUCUAUAUUGUGCUCCUGAACUCAUCCUAGGUUGGGCGCAUGAUUUUAGUGUCGAUUGUUGGAGCUUUGGUCUGCUGAUGUACAUUAUGCUAUUCGGAUCUCACCCAUACGUUGCUGACAACGACAACGACAACGCUGCCAUUCUGCAAACCAAGGUCCUUCACUGCUCGUUGAUGGUUCCCCAGACAGCAUCAGUAUCAUGGACAGCACAAGAUCUUCUAGUCAAAUGUUUGGAGCGCAAUGCAGCUCUUCGCUUGGACAUCAAACAGAUUAAGGCGCAUACAUACUUCUGCACUGUGUGGGUUUGA